AGGUGACGUGCGGGGCGGGCCUGGCCGCAGCGGCCCCACUGUUUCGGCGACGGCGGCGGCAGAGCGAGCGCGGCGCCACCAUGGGGGCCCAGCUGAGCACGUUGGGCCACGUGGUCCUGUCCCCAGUCUGGUUCCUCUACAGCCUGCUCAUGAAGCUGUUCCAGCGCUCCACCCCGGCCAUCACCCUCGAGAGCCCGGACAUCAAGUAUCCACUGCGGCUCAUCGACAAGGAGGUCAUCAGCCAUGACACCCGGCGGUUCCGCUUCGCCCUGCCGACGCCCCAGCACAUCCUGGGCCUCCCGGUCGGCCAGCACAUAUACCUCUCAGCUCGAAUCGACGGAAACCUCGUCAUUCGGCCCUACACCCCCGUCUCCAGCGAUGACGACAAGGGCUUCGUGGACCUGGUCAUCAAGGUUUACUUCAAAGACACUCAUCCCAAGUUUCCGGCUGGAGGGAAGAUGUCCCAGUACCUGGAGAGCAUGAAGAUUGGAGACACCAUUGAGUUCCGGGGCCCGAAUGGGCUGCUGGUCUACCAGGGCAAAGGAAAGUUUGCCAUCCGUCCAGACAAGAAAACCAGCCCGGUCAUCAAGACGGUGAAGUGUGUCGGCAUGAUUGCGGGAGGGACGGGCAUCACCCCGAUGCUGCAGGUGAUCCGCGCCAUCAUGAAGGACCCGGACGACCACACCGUGUGCCACCUGCUCUUUGCCAACCAGACCGAGAAGGACAUUCUGCUGCGGCCCGAGCUGGAGGAACUGAGGAACCAGCACUCUGCGCGCUUCAAGCUCUGGUACACACUGGACAGAGCCCCUGAAGACUGGGACUACAGCCAGGGCUUCGUGACCGAGGAGAUGAUCCGGGACCACCUUCCGCCCCCGGAGGAGGAGCCGCUGGUGCUGAUGUGCGGGCCCCCGCCCAUGAUCCAGUACGCCUGCCUGCCCAACCUGGAGCGCGUGGGCCACCCCAAAGAGCGCUGCUUCGCCUUCUGAGGGCCGGGCCCCGGCUGCCUGCACGCCGCCCCGCGCCCUCCCCGGGCUCUCUGUCCACACAUAGCCCUCCCUGCUGCCCUUCUUUCACGCCACUGUCCCCCACGUCUCCUGCUGCGGCCCCGGGUUCAGCCUGGCCUGCCCGUGCCGGGGUGGUCACCCCGCUGGGCUGGCCCCCAGGGGCCCCUAUAGGAGAGGGUUCUGUUCCAGAUGGGCCACCGUCGGCCACCUUCAGGGCAGGUUCCUGUCUGGCCCUCACUGGUUCUUACUGGUGAUGCCUGGCCCUGGCCCUGCCUAUCCCUCCCCCUACCCCCCACACUACUGGGCCGAGGCUGCCAGCACCAUGCUCCCCCCACCUGCCCAGAGCGGGCCACACUCUGGAAAUAAACGGAAAUGUACGGGAAGCCCCGAGCUGUGGGUGUCCCUGGCCACCGCCUCGGGACCCCUACCUGCCCUUCACUGCCAGGCCUCAGCACCCGACACUACAUGACAGGUAACACCAAAUAGCCCUCCUGGCAGGGGCUAUGGGGUGAGAGGCUGCCCCACCGUAGGGCCAGGCAGGCCCGGCCAGCAGGGAGCUCGGCUCUCCCGGGGCUGGAGUCGGGGAGGGGGCUGGCUGAGGGCCCUCCUGAAACCUCGGCAUUCCCCAGCACCCAAACAUUUGGGCAGCUUUGGGAGUUCCAAGCUGUCAGCUCGGCAGCCUGACUGACCGCCUGGGGGUCCUGGGCUGCCAGUCCUGAUGGCAGAGCUAAGACAACAUUUAUUUAUUCCUCUGUCCCAAACCCCGCUCCUGCUGCCCUCGCCCCGGCGUGGGGGAGAUUUCGAGCAGAGCCUCUAGUCUGAGAGACGUUCUCAGUGGCCUCGACGUUGCCUUUAGACGACCGUGUCAGCCUCUUGCGUAUCGGCUUUUUCAGAGUCAUUUAUGAGCAGAAAAACAUUGAAGUAAACUUUGCUAAUAUGAACCCUUC